GACCGACAUACAUCCUAUACUAGGUACCUACCUACCACGUAGAGUCUCCUCCCAAAUAAUAAAUAAACAAAUAGAAUGAUAAAGAAUGAUCAAGACUAACAAUAGUAUCCAAUCCAAUCCACCCACCCACCCACCAUAAACCAUAUCUCGACUCCACACAAUAUAUAGAUAGACAUAUCGUCUAACCCCCCACCCUCUAGCAAACAAACAAGCAUCACCACCAAGCUCCAUGGAGAAAAUAAGUCUCCGUGACAGCUACACAGCCCCCGACGGCGACGAAUCCGGUUCGGCCGAGGCCGAAGCCGAGGCAGAUGGAGACGCAGACGAGGAUGGCGACGAGGAUGACGAGGGGGUGGGAACAAGGCUGCCUAUAGCGUCGGCGACGGGGCUGAGGAUGAGUUUGUCGAUGCCGAGUGCGUCCAGAAGCGAAUUAUACCCCGGUUUCAUAUUUCCCUGCUCUCCACCUGAGCUCGACUGUCCUCCUGAUUUCCCUCUUGAUUGCGCUCCAGGCAUAGCAGGCGCACUUCCGCCCGCGCCCCCUUCGUCGCCGCCUAGUUGGGGGAGGGCCAUUGCUAUGGCUGCGCACGAAGCCAGGAGUGAGAUGGAUAGUUUCAUUUUGUCGUUAUAGGUUGUAGUAGGUAGUAUCUUAGUUAUGCUUUGCGAAUGUCGAACAAAGUAGAAUAGAGUUGGAUACAAGUAAGCAGAGGAAAAGUGUCAGAUGAAGUACCCUCGUGGAAGACACAUACAUAUGCUCCUAGCUCAGCAUGCGUUAUCGGAGAAAGUUCACGGAGUGAACCCUGAUCAUAUGUCUACCUAGAUAAGCUAGG